AUGGCAGCAGUCAAAGGACCCGAGCUCAUACGUCACGAACCUGUCAUAGAGACAGAUCCCAAGCACCUCCCCGCAGUGUCUCUCGGGUCGCUCAUCAAUGAGUUAUCUGUGUCCGAGAAAGCAGACGGCCAAGCUCGUCCGGCUCUUGAGAUCGAAGAGCAUCCAAUUGACGAGGUCCGUCCGAUAAAAGUCGGUGUGAUUGGAGCUGGUCUGGCAGGAAUUACAGCAGGAGUCUUGCUCCCAGCAAAACUGCCUGGUCUGGACCUACGGAUCUAUGAGAAGAACUCCGGUGUGGUAAGUAACGGGUUCGAAAAUACUUAUCCUGGAGUACGAUGCGAUAUUCCCGCGCAUGUCUAUCAGUCCGGAUUCGAGCCGAACACACAAUGGUCCGAAGAGUUUGCACAAGGUGCCGAGAUUCGCGAGUAUUGGCAAUCCAUAGCGCAAAAAUACGAUGUACACAAGUACCUCCGACUACAGCAGAAAGUCGACCAGGCCGUGUGGUUACCUGAAUUGGGUAAAUGGCGUGUGACUUUACAGGACUUGGGAGAUUCAAACCGAAUCUAUGAAGAAGACCUCGACGUGUUGAUCAACGCUAUUGGCCACUUCAAUGAGUGGAAGCUGCCCGAAUACCCAGGCAGGGAGGAAUACACAGGCGUGCUCUUCCAUUCGUCGCACUGGAAUCACAAUGUCGACCUGAAUGGCAAGCGUAUCGCACUGAUCGGUAACGGGGCGUCUGGCUUGCAGGUGCUGCCCUCGAUCCAGCCAAUUGCUCAACACGUGGACCACUAUGCUCGCAACAGAACCUGGAUAGCUGACUCCUUCGGCACAUCUGGCGUGCGCCGACUCGAAGCUAAUUUAUUCUCUCCCGAACAACUCGAGUCCUUUCGCGACCCCGACACUUAUCUAGCAUACCGCAAGAGCGUCGAAGCAGGAUACUUCUCUCGCUUCGGUGCCAUCUUUAAAGACUCCCCAGAGAAUCGCGGUCUGCGCGAGAAAUGGACCGAAUUGAUGAAGUCAAGAGUCGGCGACCAGCCCGAACUCAUCGAUAAGCUUAUCCCAGACUUUCCACCCAAUUGUCGCCGUCCCACUCCUGGCCCAGGCUACCUCGAAGCCCUGACCAAAGACAACGUCAGCUACAUUCAAACCCCAAUCCAGCGCUUCACCCCAACAGGGAUCGUUACCACAGAUGGCAUUGAACGGCCCGUCGACAUUGUCAUCUGCUCCACCGGAGCCAACGUCGACCAUGCCCCACCCUUCUCCAUCAUCUCCAACGGAAUUGAUCUCAAAAAGGCCUGGAAACACGACGGCCUCUACGGUUACCCCUACAACUACCUCGGAGUAGCCACCCCGGGCUUCCCCAAUCUACUCUGGAUCGGCGGUCCCCAAUCCACCGGUCCCUCAGGCAGCGUGCCCAAUUCUCUCGAGAAUCAAAUCACCUAUAUUGCCAAGCUCCUGCGGAAGAUCCGCAGCCAAGGCAUCAAAGCUAUGGUACCAUCCAAGCAAGCAGCUGAUGACUUCGUCGAAUACUGCGACAAGUUCUACCCGCGCACGGUCUGGACAGCUAAUGACGACUCUACCCCGGGCCAGAAGAAUUGUAGCUCAUGGUAUAACGGCGGUCGGCCUGGUGGCAAAGUCCAUGGUCAAUUCCCUGGUAGUGCGGCAGCAUUGAAUUACUUGAGACGAGAUCCUAGAUGGGAAGAUUGGGACUAUUCUUAUACCAACCCGAGUGGCAAUAGGUUCGCUUAUUUUGGGAACGGGUGGACGACGAGAGAGACAAUACCGGAUGCGGAUCUGACACCGCAUUUGAAACGCCCUGAUACUAUAGAUUUGAGGUCUUAUUUGGAGGGGUGGUGGGAUGUAUAGUUCAGAAUAGAUAUAGAGCCAGUGUAGCUGAUGAGCAGCUAACGGGUCGUCAGCGUAUCCACAGAAAUGCAAAGACUACUAUA